AGAGUGUAAAUCUGUCAUUGAUGGAUAGUGAGUAGCAGUCAAGAGGGAGAGUGUUGACUCCAGUUGACAAGUGAAGAACAAGAAUUCAUCUCUCUCUCUCUCUCUGUGUCGUUGGAUCCCUUGUCUCGUGAUUGCUCUGGAAAUUUUAUAGAGCUGGCAUACGAUGGGUAGAACAAUCGAGUUGUAUGGAUUCCCUUGUGAUGUUUCUGUGUCCACAGUAAAGCCAUUUGUAGAGGAGAUUACUGGUGAAGAUACUGUUUAUGCUAUUAAGAUAAGGCAAGGCAAAGGUAGAGUUCGAAGAGCAUUUGCUAUCAUUCAAUUCAACGAAGCGAAGAAUGCUUCUUAUCUCAUCUCCUUGCCGGCCAAAAGCAUAUGGUAUGGGAAUUCCUACCUUAAGGCUCGAGAACUGGAAAAUGAUAUCGUGCCAAAGCCAGUAAAAUUUUUGCAUAGCUUGGAGGAUGUGAAGCUGCAUUUUGGCUGCCAGAUCUCGAGGGAUAGAUUCUAUAAUUUAUGGAAAGCUGUUACUAAGGAAGUAAACUUUGGGAUAGGAAUGAGAAAGAUGCAGUUCCUUCUGUCCUAUAGGGGGGCGGAUUACAAGCUUGAGCUUUCCUAUGAAAACAUUUGGCAGAUUGAGCUGCAUCGUCCGCGUGGUGAAACUGCAGAGUAUCUUCUGAUUCAGCUACUUGGUGCUCCUCGAAUAUUUGAGAAAGACGUGCGUACUUCAGGAAGUAUAUUCGAAGAUCCUCUUCUCAAUUAUUGUAAAGAUGUUUCUGAUGAUCAAUGGAUCCGGGCAAUAGAUUUCACUCCUUUUAGCUGUAUUGGGCAGUCUUCUCAUAUAUACUUGCAGCUUCCUUCACAUGGACAGCGUCCAAAUUUCAGGGAAAACUUUGCUUAUUAUAAGGAAAGUGGGAGCAAGUUCUCCUUGGAGGAAGGAGUUCCUUUUUCUAGCAAUUCUAGUCUAGUCCCUAUUGUUGCUCCUCCUCGGGGAAUUGACAUACCAUAUGAUAUCCUGUUCAAAGUUAACUCAUUGCUUCAGCAUGGAUGUCUUGUAGGUCCAGCAUUAGAUAGUGGCUUCUAUCGUUUGAUUGAUCCACGAAGAAUGAAUCGUGCUUUCAUUGAACAUGCUUUAGAGAAAAUGUUUUUUUCAAAGGAACUCUGCUCUGACCCCUCAAAGUGGAUCAUUGAUCAGUAUAAAAAGUACUGUGCAUCACAGGAUCCUUCCCCGUCCCCUUCCAUAUCCUUAGAUAAUGGCUUGGUAUAUGUUCGCAGGGUUCAGAUUACCCCUUGUAAAGUGUAUUUCUGCGGCCCAGAGGUUAAUGUCUCAAAUCGUGUCCUUCGCCAUUUCCAUCAGUUCAUUGAUAACUUCCUACGCGUUUCAUUCGUUGACGAGGAGCUGGAUAAACUGUUUUCAACAGAUUUAUCUCCACGUACCUCUUCUAGCGGGCAAAGAAAAACUGAGAUAUAUAAAAGAAUUCUUUCCAUCCUUAGAAAUGGCAUAGUAAUUGGUGACAAAAAGUUUGAAUUUCUAGCAUUCUCGUCAAGUCAGUUGCGGGAGAAUUCUUUAUGGAUGUUUGCUCCUACAAGCUGUGGACUUAAUGCUGCUGAUAUUAGAGAGUAUGGGGAUUUUCGCACCAUUAGAAAUGUAGCUAAAUAUGCUGCUAGACUGGGUCAAUCUUUUGGUUCAUCUACUGAAACUUUAAGUGUUAGCAAGGAUGAAACUGAGAUGAUUCCUGAUGUGGUGGUAAAACGUGAGGGAAUUGACAAUAUUUUCUCUGAUGGGAUUGGGAAGAUUUCUGCUAAAUUUGCGAGGAAAGUGGCUAUGAAAUGUGGCCAUAAAUCAUCCACUCCAUCUGCCUUUCAGAUUCGAUAUGGUGGGUUCAAAGGGGUUGUGGCUGUUGACCCGACAUCGUCGGUGAAAUUAUCUCUGAGGAGGAGCAUGCUCAAGUAUGAAUCGGAUAAUACAAAACUAGAUGUCUUGGCAUGUAGUAAAUUUCAGCCUUGUUAUCUGAAUCGGCAGAUAAUCACGCUCUUGUCUACUCUUGGUGUCAAGGAUCAUGUUUUUGAGAAAAAGCAGAAGGAAGCUAUAAACGAACUGAACUCGUUGCUAACAGAUUCAUUAAAGGCACAGGAGGCUCUGGACUUGAUUUCUGCUGGGGAGAUAUCUCAUAUUCUGAAGGAGAUGCUCAUCUGCGGUUAUAAGCCUGAUGCAGAACCUUUUCUUUCAAUGAUGCUGCAAACAUUCAGGGCAUCAAAGCUAUUGGAAUUGCGACGCAAAACUAGAAUUAUUUUGCCAAACGGAAGAGCAAUGAUGGGAUGCCUAGAUGAAACGAGAACCUUGGAAUAUGGUCAAGUAUUUGUGCAAUAUUCUGAUAAGAGGUCCAUGCCAUGGUCUAAUGGUUCUGUUGCAUAUGGCUCUGAGAGAUCUUAUAUAGUUACAGGUAAGGUAGUUGUUGCCAAAAACCCAUGCUUGCAUCCCGGUGAUGUGCGUGUUUUGAAGGCUGUUAAUGUACCAGCUCUUCAUCACAUGGUCGAUUGUGUUGUUUUCCCUCAGAAAGGAUCCAGACCUCAUCCCAAUGAGUGUUCGGGAAGUGAUCUCGAUGGAGACAUCUACUUCGUUUGCUGGGACCCUGAGUUAAUUCCACCGCGCCAAAUCCCACCAAUGGAUUAUACUCCGGCCCAAAGCGUACAAUUGGAUCAUGAUGUCAUGAUGGAGGAGGUUGAGGAAUACUUUGUCAACUAUCUAGUCAAUGACAGUCUAGGAAUAAUUGCAAAUGCCCACACUGUCUUCGCAGAUAGAGAGCCCAAUAAGGCAAUGGCUGAACCAUGCAUUGAGCUUGCAAAGCUAUUUUCGAUUGCUGUUGACUUUCCCAAAACUGGUGUCCCAGCUGUUAUACCUCGUGAGCUGUAUGUCAAAGAAUAUCCAGACUUCAUGGAGAAACCCGAUAAACCCACCUAUGAAUCAGUGAAUGUGAUCGGAAAGCUUUUUAGGGAAGUGAAAGAAAUUGCACCAGAAGCUAACCCUACCGCAGUCUUCACUAGGGAAAAGGCUAGAAAGUCGUAUGACUCUGAUAUGGAAGUCGAUGGCUUUAUGGAUUAUGUUGAUGAUGCUUUCUAUCACAAAACCAACUAUGACUUCAAGUUGGGGAAUUUGAUGGAUUACUAUGGCAUCAAGACUGAGGCUGAAAUCCUGAGUGGGAAUAUUAUGAAAAUGUCCAAAUCCUUUACCAGAAGAAGGGAUGCAGAAGCAAUUACAAUGGCUGUGAGAUCCCUAAGAAAAGAAGCUAGAACCUGGUUCAACAGCCCGGCAAGUGCAGAAGAUUAUGGGGAGGAAGAUCUGAUGGCAAAAGCAUCUGCUUGGUACUAUGUUACCUAUCAUCCAAGUUAUUGGGGUUGCUACAAUGAAGGGUUGAACAGGGAUCAUUUCCUAAGCUUCGCAUGGUGUGUUUAUGAUAAACUUGUCACAAUCAAGAGGGAGAAAGCCAGCAUUAGAUGGUCUCUUCAACUAUCUUCCUUGGAACGCACGUUUAGCAGGGGGCUGCGUCUGUAUUGACAACUUGAACUUGGUGCAUUGCAUCUCAUCGAAUCUGCAGCAUUAGCUGGAGACUGUAGUGUUCAUCUAAGUUAUAUAUAGCAAGGUGUGAACUUAACUUGAACGUAACCUUGAGUGGACUCGAGUGUUUUAUGUAUGUUUGUGUGUGUGUGUGUGUGUGUGUGUAUGGUCUGUACUGAUGUCUUGAUCAAGACAAGUUGUUCAUGCUAAUUAAUGUA